CUGUCAUGGCGGCGGCGAGCACCGCCAGUGGGCACCGCCACGGGGAUGGCCGCGCGAGCAGCGCCGAGGCGGGGCCGGCCGUGCCAGUAGCAUCCUCACCGGCGCCCGCAGUCUCGGCCCCGGCGGCCGUGGCGCUAGCGGCGGCUAGUUUUCGCCAAGGCUGACCGUAGGGGUGGGGCGGACCGGGAAGCCACGGAGUUCCGUGCAGCCGCGGACUCCCGGGAGGCGGACUAGGGGGGGAACUUGGAGGCUGCGACCAGGCUUUGGCGUUGUUGUCAGCCUCGGGGCGAGAGAUUGGACGACUAUUCUCCCAGAGGAGGAGGGCGACGCCAAGGACUUUCCGCUCGGACUGCUUUUGGGGGUUUCUCCGCAACUUGGGAGAGGGACCCUUUCUUUUUUUGGGGGGGAGGGUCGCGUGUGUGCUCCUACCCGAGGGCAGCGGCUGCCGUCCUGUGAGCGACUCGAGCUGCUGCUUCCCGGGAACUGGCCAUGGCCAGCGAGGACGCGAAGGUCCCUUCCCCGCCGCCAACAGGUGAUGACGGGGGAGGCGGAGGGAGAGGAGAAGAAGCCUUGUCCCUGGCGCCCGGGCUCCCCAUCAGGGGCAUCCGGAUGAAGUUUGCAGUGCUGACCGGGCUGGUUGAAGUUGGAGAAGUGUCCAACAGGGAUAUCGUAGAGACUGUCUUUAACCUGUUGGUAGGUGGGCAGUUUGAUUUGGAAAUGAAUUUCAUUAUCCAAGAAGGUGAGAGUAUCAUCUGCAUGGUGGAUCUACUAGAAAAAUGUGACAUUACUUGCCAAGCAGAAGUUUGGAGCAUGUUUACAGCCAUUCUGAAGAAGAGCAUACGAAAUCUUCAAGUCUGCACUGAAGUAGGCCUUGUUGAAAAAGUGCUUGGGAAAAUUGAAAAAGUUGACAGUAUGAUAGCAGAUCUUUUAGUUGACAUGUUGGGAGUGCUGGCUAGCUAUAAUUUGACAGUUCGAGAACUAAAGCUAUUCUUCAGUAAACUUCAAGGAGAUAAAGGACAAUGGCCUCCACAUGCUGGGAAGUUGCUGUCUGUGUUAAAGCAUGUGCCUCAGAAGUAUGGUCCUGAUGCCUUUUUCAACUUUCCAGGAAAAAGCGCUGCUGCGAUUGCAUUACCUCCUAUAGCCAAAUGGCCAUAUCAGAACGGUUUUACAUUUCAUACCUGGCUUAGAAUGGAUCCUGUAAAUAACAUCAAUGUGGAUAAGGAUAAACCGUAUUUAUAUUGUUUCAGAACCAGCAAAGGUCUUGGUUAUUCUGCUCACUUUGUUGGGGGCUGUUUGAUUAUAACCUCCAUAAAGUCGAAAGGAAAAGGCUUUCAACAUUGUGUGAAAUUUGAUUUCAAGCCACAAAAGUGGUAUAUGGUAACUAUAGUGCACAUUUAUAACCGAUGGAAGAACAGUGAGCUCCGGUGUUAUGUGAAUGGUGAGCUAGCUUCCUACGGAGAGAUAACAUGGUUUGUCAACACCAGUGAUACUUUUGACAAAUGUUUCCUGGGCUCGUCAGAAACAGCAGAUGCUAAUAGAGUAUUCUGUGGUCAGAUGACUGCAGUGUACCUUUUUAAUGAAGCUCUUAAUGCAGCUCAGAUCUUUGCUAUUUAUCAGUUGGGCCUGGGAUACAAGGGUACAUUUAAAUUCAAAACAGAAAGUGAUCUGUUCCUGGCUGAGCAUCACAAACUUUUAUUGUAUGAUGGCAAACUCUCUAGUGCCAUUGCAUUCACAUACAAUCCACGUGCUACAGAUGCCCAGCUUUGCCUGGAAUCAUCCCCUAAGGACAACCCUUCGAUUUUUGUUCAUUCACCACACGCACUCAUGCUCCAGGAUGUGAAGGCAGUUUUAACACAUUCCAUCCAAAGUGCCAUGCAUUCCAUUGGAGGGAUACAAGUUCUGUUUCCGCUUUUUGCACAGUUGGAUUAUAGGCAGUACUUAUCUGAGGAGGUUGACUUGACUAUAUGUUCAACUUUGCUGGCUUUUAUCAUGGAGUUAUUGAGGAAUUCAAUUGCCAUGCAGGAGCAGAUGCUUGCCUGCAAAGGCUUUUUGGUAAUAGGAUAUAGUCUUGAAAAGUCUUCCAAAUCCCAUGUCAGCAGAGCAGUGCUUGAACUUUGCCUUGCUUUUUCAAAAUAUCUGAGUAAUCUGCAGAAUGGGAUGCCCCUACUCAAGCAAUUGUGUGAUCACAUUCUUCUUAACCCCGCUAUAUGGAUUCAUACCCCAGCCAAGGUUCAGCUGACACUCUAUACUUACCUGUCCACCGAAUUCAUCGGUACUGUCAACAUAUACAAUGCCAUCCGGAGAGUUGGAACAGUGCUCCUCAUCAUGCAUACACUGAAGUACUAUUACUGGGCAGUGAAUCCUCAGGAUCGAAGUGGCAUCAUCCCAAAAGGAUUAGAUGGACCACGACCUAAUUCAAAAGAAAUACUUUCUCUAAGAGCAUUCUUAUUGAUGUUCAUUAAGCAGUUAGUGAUGAGGGAUUCUGGAGUAAAGGAAGAUGAACUACAGGCCAUCCUUAAUUACUUACUCACUAUGCAUGAGGAUGACAAUCUAAUGGAUGUCCUACAGCUGCUUGUUGCUUUAAUGUCAGAACAUCCUAACUCUAUGAUACCUGCUUUUGAUCAAAGGAAUGGGUUACGCGUAAUCUAUAAACUUUUGGCAUCAACAAGUGAAGGAAUCAGAGUGCAAGCUCUCAAGGCAAUAGGCUAUUUUUUAAAACAUCUGGCCCCAAAAAGAAAAGCUGAAGUCAUGCUUGGACAUGGAUUGUUUUCAUUACUAGCUGAAAGACUCAUGCUUCAUACAAAUUUAAUCACAAUGACCACGUAUAAUGUCCUAUUUGAGAUUCUUAUAGAACAGAUUUGUACGCAAGUGAUACGUAAACAGCAUCCAGAUCCUGAUUCUUCAGUAAAGAUACAAAAUCCUCAGAUACUAAAAAUAAUUGCAACCCUCCUUCGAAAUUCUCCUCAGUGCUCAGAGAGCAUGGAAGUUCGCAGAGCUUUUCUUUCUGACAUGAUUAAACUUUUUAAUAACAGCAGAGAAAAUAGAAGGAGCUUGCUACAGUGUUCUGUGUGGCAAGAGUGGAUGCUUUCUCUCUGCUACUUUAAUCCUAAGAAUUCUGAUGAGCAAAAGAUAACAGAAAUGGUAUAUGCCAUAUUCAGAAUCCUACUUUACCAUGCAGUCAAAUAUGAGUGGGGUGGCUGGCGUGUGUGGGUAGACACCUUAUCAAUUACACAUUCAAAGGUCACUUUCGAAAUACACAAAGAAAACCUUGCCAACAUAUUUAGGGAAUACCAGGGAAAUGUUGAUGAAGAUAUAGGGCAAUGUUCUUCAAGUUCAGUUAAAGCAGUCUCUGGCAUUAGCAGGGAUGUAAAUGUUUCUGGAGGAUCCCAACAAUCAGAUACGAAGGAUUCUCCUAUAUCUCCUCAUGUCAACAAAAAUAGUGAUGGAAAGCCAGGUAUUGAGAAGACAAGUUCUUUUGACUCUCCCUCCAACAUUGAACUGCAGACUUAUAAUACAGGUAAUGAAGAAAUGACAGCUGGGCAAGGAAAUGAGGAGUUACUGGAUGAAGUCCCUUUAGAGAAAACACCGAUAAAUGACAUAGCCAAAGCAGGUGAUUUAGAAGUAUCUUCUGACACAGUAGAAGUUGGGACCAUUUCCUCUAAUACUUUGAAAACAGUUGACAAAGAUAUGACUGUCAGUGAAGUAACUGCUUCAGUAAGUUCUCCUUCAGAAGAGGAUGCUUCAGAGGCGCCAGAAUUAUUGGAUAAGUCUAUAGGAGAGGAAGAAGACGAUGAGGAUUAUGUAGAACUGAAGGUAGAUAGUAGUCCUACUGAGGAAGCCAGUCUACCCACAGAGCUCCAAGGAAAUAGUUUGUCUCCCCAUUCAACUGAAGCCAGGGAAAGACUGGACAUGAUUGAUAAUGACCCAAAAUUAACAUUUCAAGAGGAGGAACCUGUAAGUAAGAAGCCAGCUGAUACUGAAACUCAAGAUUCUAAUGAUGCAGGAUCUUCAGCUACCUCACCAGACACGACUGCUUCCCAAACAACUAUGCAAUCAGACAUUGGUCAGAUGCUGGAUGAAGGGAAGAAAACAACUGACUUGACUAGAGAAACCAAAGCAAGUAAUGAUGCUCAUGGUAAUGUCUUAGAGUCUCCUACUACUUUUGAACAGAAGAUUGCAAGGUUGGAUGUUUCCAGUGUUGCCACAGAUACCGAGAGACUAGAAUUGAAGGCCAGUACUAAUGUGGAGGCACCUCAACCUCUUCAACCUGUGCUUGAGACAUCAAGGCAACAGGAGCAGUCAGGGCAAGGAAUAGCAUCAGAUGCCGUUAACGGACAAAGGAGGGAUUCCAGACCUACUAUGUUUCGUAUUCCUGAAUUCAAAUGGUCUCAUAUGCAUCAACGUUUGCUCACUGAUCUGUUAUUUUCAAUAGAAACAGAUAUACAGAUGUGGAGAAGCCAUUCAACAAAGACAGUUAUGGACUUCGUGAAUAGCAGUGAUAAUGUCAUCUUUGUACACAACACAAUUCAUCUCAUCUCUCAAGUGAUGGACAAUAUGGUCAUGGCUUGUGGGGGUAUACUGCCAUUGCUUUCAGCUGCUACAUCGGCUACACAUGAGCUGGAGAAUAUUGAGCCUACUCAGGGCCUCUCCAUAGAAGCCUCUGUGACAUUUUUGCAGAGGCUAAUCAGCCUUGUGGAUGUGCUCAUAUUUGCAAGUUCUCUGGGUUUUACUGAAAUUGAAGCUGAAAAAAAUAUGUCAUCUGGAGGAAUUUUGCGGCAGUGUCUACGACUUGUGUGUGCAGUGGCAGUCAGGAAUUGCUUAGAGUGUCAGCAGCAUUCACAACUGAAAACAAGAGGAGAUGCCACCAAAGGCCAGAAAACAGUGCACAGCCUGAUCCCCAUGGGGAAAUCCACAGCAAAGAGUCCAGUGGACAUGGUAACUGGUGGUGUAUCUCCAGUGAGAGAUUUUGACAGACUCCUACAGGACAUGGAUAUUAAUCGGCUUAGGGCAGUUGUCUUCAGAGACAUCGAGGAUAGCAAACAAGCUCAAUUUUUAGCCUUGGCUGUUGUAUACUUUAUCUCUGUUCUUAUGGUCUCAAAAUACCGAGACAUUUUGGAACCUCAGAAUGAAAAGCAUAGCCAGUCAUUUAAGGGAACUGUUAGUGAAACUGGGACUUUAUCACUUCCUGAUCUAGAAAACACACCAGCAGCAUCCAGCCCAUUAACUCCAGUAUCAGUGGAAGAAUCCAAAAGCAUAUCAUCUGCUCGAAGGAGGGAUUCAGGCAUUGGGGAGGAAACAGCCGCUGGCUUGGGAAGCACUGUGGAUGCAGCUUCUCCUGGAGCCCCUCCAAGUGUCAGUGCAGGCCCAGACGCAAUCAGUGAGGUGCUGUGCACUCUUUCGUUAGAAGUCAAUAAAUCUCAGGACCACAAAAAUGAUGCAGGAAAUGAGAUGGACAACAAGGCUGCACCAUCGCUUCCAGUUUCAAAAAAUGUCAAUGUGAAGGACAUUCUCCGCAGCUUGGUUAACAUACCAGCAGAUGGAGUCCCAGUGGAUCCUGCCCUUCUGCCACCACCCUGCCUCGGUGCUCUUGGUGAUCUGUCUGUUGAACCACCUGUGCAGUUCAGGUCUUUUGACAGAAGUGUCAUCAUUGCAACAAAAAAAUCAGUCUUACCUUCCACUCUUACUACAAAUGUAACCACCAAUUCUGUCAGUGUGGUUUCUUCAGUAGAUUCUGCCCAAGCCCCAGAUGUGGGAGGAGAAUCUCCUGGUGGUAGAUCAUCAAAUGCAAAAUUGCCCUCUGUUCCAGCAGUUGGUUCAGUUACACAAGACCAAGUUUCAAAUAUGAGCAUUACAGAGAGGCUUGAACAUGCUUUGGAAAAGGCAGCUCCUCUUCUGCGAGAGAUUUUUGUGGAUUUUGCACCUUUUCUUUCUCGGACACUUUUGGGUAGCCAUGGACAAGAACUACUUAUAGAAGGAACAAGUUUGGUUUGCAUGAAGUCUAGUAGUUCAGUUGUGGAGUUGGUUAUGCUACUUUGUUCACAGGAGUGGCAGAAUUCUAUUCAGAAGAAUGCAGGCCUGGCUUUUAUUGAACUUGUCAAUGAGGGAAGGUUGCUGAGCCAAACAAUGAAGGAUCAUCUAGUAAGAGUAGCAAAUGAAGCUGAAUUUAUCCUGAGCAGGCAGCGAGCAGAGGAUAUUCACAGACAUGCGGAAUUUGAGUCACUCUGUGCACAGUAUUCUGCAGACAAGCGAGAAGAUGAGAAGAUGUGUGAUCAUUUGAUAAGAGCAGCUAAAUAUCGAGACCAUGUGACAGCAAUUCAACUAAUCCAGAAAAUUAUCAACAUUCUCACAGACAAGCAUGGAGCCUGGGGAAAUUCUGCAGUGAGUCGUCCUCGUGAGUUCUGGCGCCUUGACUACUGGGAAGAUGACUUGCGGCGCCGGCGACGAUUUGUGCGUAACCCUCUAGGAUCGACACAUCCUGAAGCGACACUAAAAACAGCCGUGGAACAUGGUCAGUGUAUAAACUACUCCUUGCCAGUAGCAGCAGCUGCAGAUGAAGAUAUCCUUGCUAAAGGAAAACAGUCCAUCAGGAGUCAGGCCUUAGGAAAUCAGAACUCAGAAACCGAGGUCCUCCCUGAAGGCGACGACGACACCCUGUCAUCCGCGGAUGAGAAAGAUUUAGAGAAUUUCACCGGUCCUGUUAGCCUGAGCACACCAGCUCAGCUUGUGGCCCCCUCUGUUGUAGUGAAGGGCAUUCUUUCUGUCACCUCCUCCGAGCUCUAUUUCGAGGUGGAUGAAGAGGACCCCAACUUCAAGAAUAUCGACCCCAAGAUCCUGGCAUAUACAGAAGGGCUUCAUGGAAAAUGGCUGUUCACAGAGAUACGAUCAAUCUUUUCUCGUCGUUAUCUUUUGCAAAACACAGCCCUGGAGAUCUUUAUGGCAAACAGAGUUGCUGUAAUGUUCAACUUCCCAGACCCUGCAACAGUAAAGAAAGUGGUUAACUACUUACCUCGUGUUGGUGUUGGAACAUGUUUUGGAUUGCCUCAAACCAGGCGAAUCUCAUUAGCUAGUCCACGUCAACUUUUUAAAGCUUCUAAUAUGACUCAGCGAUGGCAGCACAGAGAGAUUUCAAACUUCGAGUACUUGAUGUUUCUCAACACAAUAGCAGGACGGAGUUACAAUGACUUAAAUCAGUAUCCAGUGUUUCCCUGGGUCAUCACUAAUUAUGAAUCAGAAGAAUUGGAUCUUACCUUGCCAAGUAACUUCAGAGAUUUAUCUAAGCCAGUAGGAGCUUUGAAUCCAAAAAGAGCAGCGUUCUUUGCAGAGCGUUAUGAAUCAUGGGAAGAUGACCAAGUUCCAAAGUUCCACUAUGGUACUCAUUACUCAACUGCAAGUUUUGUUCUUGCAUGGCUGCUAAGAAUAGAACCUUUCACAACAUAUUUUCUAAAUUUGCAAGGUGGGAAAUUUGAUCAUGCAGAUCGAACUUUUUCAUCCAUUUCCAGAGCUUGGCGAAACAGCCAGCGUGAUACAUCUGAUAUUAAGGAGUUGAUCCCUGAAUUUUAUUAUCUCCCUGAGAUGUUUGUCAACUUCAAUGAUUAUAAUCUUGGAGUGAUGGAUGAUGGGACAGUAGUGUCUGAUGUUGAACUUCCUCCUUGGGCCAAAACCUCAGAAGAAUUUGUUCGCAUAAACAGAUUGGCCCUGGAAAGUGAAUUUGUUUCCUGCCAACUUCACCAGUGGAUUGAUCUCAUUUUUGGCUAUAAACAGCAAGGACCAGAGGCUGUUCGAUCCCUCAAUGUCUUCUAUUACCUGACCUAUGAAGGAGCUGUCAACCUGAAUUCAAUAACUGAUCCUGUGCUGAGAGAGGCUGUUGAAGCUCAAAUCCGAAGCUUUGGACAGACGCCUUCUCAGCUACUCAUAGAGCCCCAUCCUCCCCGAAGUUCCGCCAUGCAAGUGUAUCUCCUCCUGCAGAGCCCAUUGAUGUUCACAGACCAAGCCCAGCAGGAUGUCAUCAUGGUCCUCAAGUUCCCCUCCAACUCCCCUGUCACUCACGUGGCAGCCAACACCCAGCCAGGUUUGGUGCCUCCUGCUGUGAUCACAGUCACCGCUAACAGGCUGUUUGCUGUGAACAAGUGGCACAACCUUCCUGCUCAUCAAGGUGCUGUACAAGACCAGCCAUACCAGCUGCCAGUGGAAAUCGAUCCUCUCAUAGCCAGCAAUACAGGAAUGCACAGGAGGCAGAUCACUGACCUUUUGGACCAGAGUAUUCAAGUCCAUUCCCAGUGCUUUGUCAUCACUUCAGACAACCGCUACAUCCUCGUCUGUGGUUUCUGGGAUAAAAGUUUCCGAGUCUAUUCUACAGACACAGGAAAAUUGAUCCAAGUUGUGUUUGGCCAUUGGGGUGUGGUCACUUGCCUCACUCGUUCCGAGUCGUACAUUGGGGGAAAUUGCUACAUUCUCUCCGGGUCACGUGACGCAACCCUUUUGCUCUGGUACUGGAAUGGGAAAAGCAAUGGGAUUGGAGAUAACCCAGGCAGUGGGACCACCACCCCACGGGCCAUUUUGACUGGCCAUGACUACCCGAUCACCUGUGCUGCCAUCUGCGCCGAGCUCGGCCUGGUCCUGAGUGGCUCCACAGAAGGACCGUGUCUCAUACAUUCCAUGAACGGAGACUUGUUAAGGACGUUGGAGGGUCCUGAAAACUGCCUGAAACCAAAACUCAUCCAAGCUUCGAGAGAGGGCCACUGCGUCAUCUUCUACGAGAACGGGUUCUUCUGUACGUUCAGCGUGAACGGGAAGCUGCAGGCCACCAUGGAAACAGAGGACAACAUCCGGGCCAUCCAGCUGAGCCGGGACGGGCAGUACCUGCUCACAGGAGGAGACAACGGCGUGGUCAUGGUCUGGCAGGUGUCUGACCUCAAGCAGCUCUUUGCCUACCCGGGCUGCGAUGCCGGGAUCCGGGCCAUGGCCCUGUCUUACGACCAGAGGUGCAUCAUUGCCGGCAUGGCCUCAGGAAGCAUCGUUCUCUUCUACAACGACUUUAACCGGUGGCAUCACGAGUACCAGACCCGCUACUGACGGGCCAGCCCUGCUCCCAGCCCAGGAGGGGACGCCCUGGGGCGUCCUUCCCUUAGGAACAGCGAGCACAUCUGAAUGUAACCUGAAUUUGCUCAAAGAAGCAAGAUAUUUUUAAAAGUUAAUUACUAUUUUUGUAGACUUUGCUUGACUUUUUGGGGGGGAGGGGAAGUAUAUAGCAAAGCAGAAAACUGGCUGCUGGGUUCUGUAGUUUUAAAAAAAAAUCUAUAUAUUUUUAGUCAUAAUGAGAAGUCUAUUUUCACCAAUUAUGGAAAAUAUACAUUGGAGUGAGUAAACCCACUUAUUCUAGCUACAUUAUGAAAAAAACAAACAAAAAAACAACAACACAUUUCCCAUUUAUCUGUAAUCUUGAGAAAGCUAUGAUUUUAACAAUAGGAAAAUGGGUUAUACUAUUGGGAUAGGGGAAUUUUAUGCUAUACUUUGGGUCCUGUAAUUUUUUUCCAAAUAAUUGUGCUUCUUAUGAGCUGAACUUUCUGGGAUUUAAAUAGUAAUGUUUAAGUUAUGCUACAUGUAAUUUAAAACAUCUCAAUGAGUUAUUUCUAUCGAUAUUCUUCUUCAAGCAUGUUAUAGACCUAGAAAAUUAUGGUUAGGGGGGAGCAGUUUUACUGUGUGGUUAACAUGAAAGGAUCUAACAUUAUAGCAAGGGUGAACUAUCUGCAAUGUUUUCCUGAUUUGCCGUCUUCAUGGCACACCAAAGUGAAAUGAUGGCAAUGUUCUUGGGCUCACAACUUUGUUUUUCUUUGAGUUGCAAGUACCAAAGGUCCCCCCUGAGGUGUGACUGUGCCCAGCACUGAGGCCAAGCCCCCGACACCCACCCCCACCCCCCACCCCCCCGGUCUGAGGACAGAGGCUGCCAGGUGCUGUAUCGAGUAACACCCGUCUUACCUUCUCUUUGUUACUGGACUAUCUUCACCUCCUUUUGAUCAGCAGUUUAUACUAAGAAACAAUGUUAUUUUGGUGUUGUAUAAUUCUACUUUUCUAGUAGACUGCUGUGUGGGAUUCUGUGAAAAAUAUUUGAGAAAAGGUCUGUAUUACAUAAAUAAACUCUUUGUAUGUUGUGAACUUUGA